UAGCUUGUCAGUGGUAAAAACAAAUGGUACUUGAAAUGACCCACAUGUACACAAGUUAGACAAUGAACAUUACUUUGUAAAUAAGGUGUUAAUCAUCAGAAGCACUCCGGCUUCCUUUGUGAAGUGUUAAUUAUUCUAACUUCAGUAACAGGCUGAGAAACAUGCCUGAAAUAAAAGUAACACCGCUGGGUGCUGGACAGGAUGUCGGCCGCAGCUGCAUCCUCGUGUCUAUUGGAGGCAAAAAUAUAAUGCUUGACUGUGGGAUGCACAUGGGAUACAAUGAUGAUAGACGUUUCCCAGACUUUUCUUAUAUAACCCAGAACGGGCGUCUGACAGACUUUUUGGACUGUGUGAUCAUCAGCCAUUUCCACUUGGACCACUGUGGCGCUCUGCCCUUCAUGAGUGAGAUGGUGGGCUACGAUGGACCCAUCUACAUGACCCAUCCCACCAAGGCCAUCUGCCCCAUUUUGCUGGAGGACUUCCGCAAGAUCACCGUCGACAAAAAGGGCGAAACCAACUUCUUCACCUCGCAGAUGAUCAAGGACUGCAUGAAGAAAGUGAUACCUUUGAACCUCCACCAAACUGUCCAGGUGGAUGAUGAGCUGGAGAUCAAGGCGUACUAUGCAGGCCAUGUCCUGGGAGCUGCCAUGGUGCACAUCAAAGUGGGAUCAGAGUCUGUUGUCUACACUGGAGACUACAACAUGACACCAGACAGGCAUUUAGGUGCUGCGUGGAUCGAUAAGUGCCGUCCAGACAUCCUCAUCUCAGAGUCUACGUACGCCACAACCAUCCGAGACUCGAAGAGAUGCAGAGAGAGAGACUUUCUGAAGAAAGUGCACGAAAGCAUAGAAAGAGGAGGAAAGGUUCUCAUUCCAGUUUUUGCCCUCGGAAGAGCACAAGAACUCUGCAUCCUGUUGGAAACUUUCUGGGAGAGAAUGAACCUGAAGGCGCCGAUCUACUUCUCCACCGGGCUGACGGAGAAAGCGAAUCAUUAUUACAAGCUUUUCAUCACGUGGACCAAUCAGAAGAUUCGAAAGACAUUUGUACAGAGAAACAUGUUUGAAUUUAAGCACAUCAAAGCCUUCGAUCGCUCCUACGCUGAUAAUCCUGGACCCAUGGUGGUGUUUGCCACACCAGGUAUGCUGCAUGCUGGUCAGUCUCUGCAGAUCUUCAAGAAAUGGGCUGGAAAUGAGAAAAACAUGGUAAUCAUGCCUGGGUAUUGUGUACAAGGAACAAUCGGUCACAAGAUCCUAAAUGGGCAGAGGAAACUGGAGAUGGAAGGCAGAGCAACAUUGGAUGUGAAGCUGCAGGUGGAGUACAUGUCCUUCAGUGCCCAUGCAGAUGCAAAGGGCAUCAUGCAGCUCAUUCGCAUGGCAGAGCCUCGAAACAUGCUGCUGGUGCACGGAGAGGCUGUGAAGAUGGAGUUCCUCAAGGGCAAGAUUGAACAGGAGUUCAGCAUAGACUGCUACAUGCCGGCCAACGGAGAGACGGCGACUGUGACGACAAACCCCAGCGUCCCUGUGGAUAUCUCACUCAACCUGCUCAAGAGGGAGAUGGCUCUCGGAGGGCCUCUUCCUGAUCCCAAAAAACCUCGCACCAUGCACGGAACCCUGAUCAUGAAAGAAAACAGUUUAAAGCUGGUGUCAUCGGAGCAGGCCCUGAAGGAGCUGGGCCUCAAUGAACAUCAGUUACGCUUCACCUGCCGCGUGCAACUCCAGGACCCGCACAGCGACCCUGACACACUUCACAGAAUCUACACACACCUCAAGAGCGUGUUGAAAGGUUACACCAUCCAGCACCUACCAGAUGGCACAGUCAUGGUGGAGUCUAUCGUCAUCAAAGUCUCCUCCUCCGCUGAAGACGCCAACACAAAGGUCCUGCUACUUUCCUGGAGUUAUCAGGACGAAGACCUCGGGAGCUUCCUCUCAAGUCUGCUGAAAAAGGGGCUUCCAUCUGGACUGUGCUGAAACAUCUUUUGUCCCAAAGCUAUGGACAUUUAAAGGAAAAUUCCUACCAAAAGAAUUCAUGUACUGUCACAUGUUUGAACCUAGAUUUGUGGAGGCUGAGAAAGUACUCCCACAGCAGAGGCUUUCAUAUUUGUACCUUUAGUUGAAUUUGCUCCCUUACUAAUUGGUACAGUAUUAAGAGAGAGAGAGCUGCAGACAACAGCGGCAGACAGGCUGCAGCAUAAUCACUUUGGGUAAUUAUACGCUGUCCAUUUACGUCCUCUAAAAGUGCUUGUUUUGCCACUGACAGGCUCAGAUUAUCAUUAUAAAUAUCUGACAACAUUAUGGAAAGGAUCCCUACAGAGAUAGACCUUUCUGAUAAAGAGUAAGAGCAUUUUUGUUCAACCAGAAACAGCCUUGAAAUCGGUAUCGCCAAACCCACCAAAAUCCAUUUAAAUAAAUAGUCAUUUUUAUCAUCAUUAAACACACUUCAUUCAAAGUUGAUAGAAACAAAAUAAAUCUCACAAAAGCUGUCUUGGUUCGUCUUUUCACUGUUCCAAUAUUUGCUAAUUCUGGUUUGAUUGAAAUAAACUCUUAAUUCACCCAGUUAGAUGUGGAAACAUGCUGCCUCUACACAUGCUAAAAUUACUGUUUAUUUAAAUGGUCUGGUGGUGAUAGCGAUGUCAAGCGGUUUCUGGUUAAACAAAAAGGAUCUUACUCUUUUACAAAGGGCUCUAUCUCUGUAGGGAUCCUUUCUGUAAUGCCAGACACUUAAAAUAACAAUCUGAGCCUGUCAGUGGCAAAAACAAGCACUUUUAGCUGACGUAAACUGACAGCACGAACAUGCCCAGAGUGGUUACAUUGCAGCCUGUUUCACCGCUGCAGCACUCUUGCUUAACAAAUUGUUGCUCCCAUCAGUCACUUAGACACAAAAACAGGGGAAAAUAGUGCCCAGGCUGAGUAAUACCAAACUAACCCUUUAAAUGAAAUUAUUUUUUCUAAAUGUAUCCAGGCUGCUGCCCUCUGAUUGGCCCGUUCUUUAUUAGUGACGGUCUUUCAUUUACAGACUGAACGGCACAAAGUCAAGACAAAUACUCAAAUUCUGAUUUGUACCUUUAUUUUGAUGUACAAAGUCAAUUUGA